AUGAGUUUCAGAUGGGUUCACAUAUUUUUUCAAUCAACUCAAAAACAAGAAGGUUAUUGGGGAUUUAGAAGAAGAUCUGCACAGAAAACUUACGUUUCGGCGCAUGCUAUAUGCGGAUUUAGUUCUGACAUGGCAGACUCAAGCUCAGUGAACGUCAUACUUGAAUUUCUGCGAAGUAAUAAGUUUGCUAAAGCUGAGGCUGCAUUGCGCUCUGAGAUAGGUAACCAGACUGAUUUAAAUGGGUUUAUGCAAGGUCUUAAGCUUGAAGGGAAGGACAUAGGAGGGAAGUUAGUAGAUGAAAAAAGUAUGUCAAAACCUGGUGUGAGUGAUGAAGUAUCAAAAGAGGAGCUUGUUGUGAAGGAAAUAACAAGGAAUGGAUCAGAUAGUAAAUGGAAAAAUGUUGCCUUUGUUGAAGAGCAAAGUAAAGCGGGAGAGUCAAUUGGAACAAGGGAUAAAAAUUAUAUGUUAUCAAAUAAUUCAGAAGAAACUGUGAUUGAUUUAUAUUCAAGAAAGUUUAAUUCCAGUAAUGGAUCGGUUGAUCUCUACCAAAAUGAUGCUGCUUCCAUUAGAGCAAACGAUGCAAAAGAGUAUCUGGUUUCUUCUCAAUCAAAGAUUCAUCCAUCUGAAUUAGCUGAUAAAGAUAGAGUUAUGGACAACCCUUGGUCAAAAACUGAUGAAAUUAAAUACAGUUCAUCAGAUGUAUGGAAAGAUUGUUCUGUUAAAACAGUAUUUCCAUUCCCCAAGGGAGCUGCAUCAACUAGUUAUGAUGCUAAUUCAGGUAUAGGAGAAAAAGAAGAUAGAAAACGUGGUGUUGACAACAACAUUAGGGCAGCAAUCAAAGAGCAAGUGGAUGAGGUUGGAAAAUCUUUGUAUUUCUCAACAACUCAAGGGAAUAAUGAAUCAAAAGCUUUUGGUGGGUUGAGUUUUCCAGUUAUCUCAGAGAAACAUAAGGAAGAAUUACCUAGGUUGCCACCUGUCAAACUCAAGUCAGAUGAGAAAGCAUCAAAUAUAACUUGGGAGGAGAAGUAUCAACGUGAUGGGCCUUGUUCAAAGACUAUUAAUGCUGAUACUAGUUUUCUUAUAGGAUCAUUUCUUGAUGUUCCUAUUGGUCAAGAAAUAAGCUCUUCAGGUGGAAAAAGGCCUCCAGGUGGUAAUUGGUUUUCUGUAAGCCAGGGAAUCACUGAGGACACUUCUGAUUUAGUAUCUGGAUUUGCAACAAUUGGUGAUGGAAUGAGUGAAUCCAUUGAUUACCCAAAUGACUAUUGGGAUUCAGAUGAGUAUGAUGAUGAUGAUGAUGUUGGCUACAUGAGACAACCAAUUGAAGAUGAAACCUGGUUUCUAGCUCAUGAAAUCGACUACCCAAGUGACAAUGAAAAGAAAACAGAUCAUGAAAACAAUCGGGACCCACAAGAAAUAUCUCCAGAAAAAAACGAAGAUGAUAAUCAGUCUUUUGCUGAUGAGGAUUCAUAUUUAUCAGAGCCUGUGUGGAAGGGGUUUGUGACACAAACAAAUGAGCUUAUCAUGUUAAGUGAAGGGCAAGUCUUGGAAAAGACUAAAAUGCCCCUGUUGGAUGAUCUUUGUGUAGAUGAAGAACAACAUGGUUCUGUGAGAUCAAUUGGUGUUGGAAUCAACAGCGAUGUUGCAGAUUUUGGUAGUGAUAAUGAUGUUGGUAUUUCAUCACAUGAUUCCGAGAAGAAAUAUAUCAACAAGUCCACGAAAGACAAAAGGGUAAAACCGUCAUUUCAUCAUGAUAAGCCUAUGAUUUUGACGAAAAACACGACAAACAGUGGAUUUUCUUUUCCACCACCUAGAGACGGGCAGCCGGUGGCUGUUUCUAAUAAAGCUUUCUGGAUAAACAAAAGUGAGGAAACUGAUAAUCGAUUGCAUACUUUAAUGGGAAAUGACGAUUUCGCCCCUCCAUGGAGACGAAAAAGUAGUAGUUCUUCACCUGUUAAGAGUUCAAGGGAAGAAGAAGAAGAAGAAGAUGAUGAUGAUAAAGAUGCUGUAGGAUCAGCAAAUUCGAGCCCUUCCAGUUUCUCAAAUUACGGUUAUGCCGAAAAUGCCUGUGUUGCUAAGAAAGAAACCAAUUCUAAAGAAGACGAUCCAGGGGCAUUAUUGGAAGAUGAAGAAGCAGCUGCUGUCCAAGAGCAAGUGAACCAGAUAAAAGCUCAAGAGGAAGACUACGAAAUCUUCAACCUCAAAAUUGUUCACAGAAAAAACAGAACUGGAUUUGAAGAGGACAAGAAUUUCCAUGUAGUUUUAAAUUCUGUGAUAGCUGGUAGAUAUCAUGUUACAGAGUAUCUUGGUUCUGCUGCAUUCAGCAAAGCUAUUCAAGCACAUGAUCUUCACACUGGCAUGGAUGUGUGUGUGAAAAAUAAUAAAAAACAACAAAGACUUUUUUGA